AAAUGUAUUUAUUUUUUUUUUUAACAUUCAUUUUGCUCCUUGAUGAUUAUAUAUGGUGUUUUUCUUCCCUCGCAGCCAGUCCAGCAAGAUGGGUUUCCAGGCUUGGCUGCCCCUGCCUUUGCCAAAGCAGCUGGUGGUGUUCAGCCUGGGAGACUGGAGCUGUUACUCUCCAGACACGAGCAUCGCAGUGGAAGUGCUGGUGUCCCCAGGCGUCGCACCACAGCGCAUUGGCACGCUGGAGCCCACACGCAGGUCUCUGGUGUGGGAAGAUGACUGGAGAAUGGAUAUUUUCAUGACCUCAUUGAAAGAGAUGGACAAAGGCAACCCUGUGAGGCUUGUCCUGACUGUCAAUGGACAGCUGCUCCGAGGUGUCUCCAGCAGUACACCUGCUCACCCCUUCCUUGUCCCAGAGACUACCCAGUCACCAGUGUUUCCAGCAGAUGAUAGACCUGUUGGCCGGGAUCUGGAGGAUCCUAUCGAGGUUAAGAGCCAGAGCUCAGAGGUGGCUGCUAGAGGAUCCAGGCCUGGGAGGAAGGAUGUCCAUGCACCACUGAGGGCUCUGGUAGUGCCCUAUGCCCUGAAGCCACCAUCUGGCAAGGUGAAAUCCAAUGAGACCUGGAGAAAUAGUCCUGUCCAAGGACCACCAAGAGUCCACUCCAAGAAGCCCAGGAAAGUUUUAUUUGAACCCACAGCAUCUGAGAGAGAUCUUGAUGAAGAAGGCCAUCUCUGUGUUCCCUCUGCAGAUCUGGCUGUGAAGGAGUUGCAAGGCAGUCCCAGCCCUCGGUGGUGUCAUGCCAUGUGCCUCAGUGACCUGGGGACAGCUGUUCUGAUUGGUGGAGAAGGUGUCGAUCAGCAGUCCUGCAAGGAUGUGCUCUGGAAGCUGGAAAUUGACAGUGAUUUGUGGCUCCCAGUGGGUUUCCAGCUACAAAACACCAUGCCAUCAUGCUUGCAUGGUCACACAGCUACCUAUGACCCUGACACCAAGCGUAUCUACAUCUUUGGGGGCAUAAGGGAGGACAAAGACUACAGCAGCAUUUACAUUCUGGACACGGUCACCUGGAAAUGGCUCCUCGUGACUGCUAAAGGGAGGAUACCAGUGCUCACCUACCACAGUGCAACUAUCUACCAAAAAGAACUCUUUGUUUUUGGAGGAACUUUCCCCAAAAAGGCAUCACUGGCAGUUGGACUCUGCAGCAAUGUGCUCUAUGUCUUCAAUCCAGAGCAUGAAAUUUGGUAUCAGCCCAUCUCAGAAGGGGAGAAACCUCUGCCUAGGUUUGGGCAUUCAGCUACUCUACUGAAAAACAAGCUGCUGAUUUUUGGGGGUCGGAGGACUUCUCUUUACCUCAGUGACAUGCACAUUCUGGAUCUGGGUUUCAUGGAGUACACACCAGUCCCCCUACUCGCAGGACAGCCUUCUGCACGUUGUUUCCAUGCAGCUUUGGCUGUUUCAGACCAGAAGGUUCUGAUCAGUGGAGGCUGCAAUGCCAUGGGAGCCCUGCAUGAUGCCUUUGUCUUCCACCUAGAUACUCUUUCAUGGAGCACAGUGAUCCACCACGACCUCUGCUCUGUGCCUCGAGCUGGCCACACAUUGCUUGACCUGACUCCCACUCACCUGAUAGAUGUGGACAAGGAGAAGAAAGGGGAGCACAGCCUGCACACGGUGUUGGUCUUUGGGGGCUCCAACUGUGCAGGAACCUUUUACAACAGCACAGUCAAGAUCAAGCUGGACCUAGGAUAAUGCAGAAUACUCAGAAUGAGCCUGAACAGCAAGGGCUCUUCACCAGCCUAAAUGCAGACAUGGAUGGCAAUAAAUGAGCCCAAGCAAUGUUGUGGUCCAAGUAUCUGUAUGUAGGUGAAUGCCACCUUGGCACAAGAGACUGGAGGUUUGUAACAUCUUUCGGAAGGCUGUGGGUAUUGUUCUUUUAGGGUAGCUGAUAUACAGUAUCAGACUGGCAGAAAUUCCAUCCCCUAUGGAUGUCUUGGUACUUGGGCUCGGGUGCCAAAACAUUCAGUGAGAUCUGAUCUAAGCCUCCACAGGAACACAGACACAAAGAUCUGGUUUCCUUUCUUGCCCUACAGGUUUUUGGGCUGGAGUUCCUGGAGUGCUUUCAACUCUGAAGGUGACUCAGGUGUUUCGUUUCAUUUGGGAUGAGUGAAUGGGAUUUACUCCUGCCACUUGGAAAGUCUUCAUAGUGAAAGUAUGAUUCUGGUUUCAAGGGAACCUGAAUGGGAUUCCCUUAGGCAAUAGUCUGCAGCUGAAAACUAGGAAAACACCUGGAAGAGUGUUUGAGGGAAAAGGAAUGUAAUUUUCAGUGUAUGGGAGAAAGCUGUUUGUGCCUUGCUGACUAUGGCACAAUCAUUUAGUGUUGCUCUAGACAGACCUUUAUGAUAAAUUCUGUGCGACUGCUGCUAUGUAAGGAAUAGGUACAAGUCCUCAGUCCCAGGUAGUAAUUCUCUUAUGUGCAAGGGGUGGCAGAGUUGCUGACUUAGCUCUUUCAAGAUCCAUGAGACCCAACAAAGGUUAGGAUUAAGCUGUCUUCCAUCAGAGACUAACUCUUACUGUUUAUAUCCAUGGCACUGAUGACUAUGCCAUAGCUCUGAGGCAGCUCCAAGGACAAGCACAGUGUAUACACUGAUUCCUU